CCCUGCCUUCUUCUACUGUCUCCUCCUUCUCCUCCUUCCUUCCUUCCUUCUUCUCUUCCUUCUCCUCCAUCCAUCCAGCCAUGUCCUCCAUCCUCCCUUUCACUCCUCCGAUCGUGAAGCGCCUCCUGGGAUGGAAGAAGGGAGAGCAGAAUGGCCAGGAGGAGAAGUGGUGCGAGAAGGCGGUCAAGAGCCUGGUCAAGAAGCUCAAGAAGACCGGGCAGCUGGACGAACUGGAGAAGGCCAUCACCACCCAAAGCGGGGGCACCAAGUGCAUCACCAUCCCCAGGUCGCUGGAUGGACGGCUGCAGGUCUCCCACCGAAAAGGUCUCCCACACGUCAUCUAUUGCCGGCUGUGGCGGUGGCCGGAUCUUCACAGCCAUCAUGAGCUCCGUGCCAUGGAAAUGUGCGAAUACGCCUUCAACAUGAAGAAAGACGAAGUCUGCGUGAAUCCGUAUCACUAUCAAAGAGUGGAGACGCCAGUGUUACCUCCAGUCUUGGUGCCAAGACACACAGAAAUCCCAGCCGAGUUCCCUCCGUUGGACGACUACAGCCAUUCCAUCCCAGAGAACACUAACUUCCCAGCUGGCAUCGAACCUCAGAGCAACUACAUUCCAGAGACACCUCCACCAGGCUACCUGAGCGAAGAUGGGGAAAGCAGCGAGCAUCAGAUGAACCAUAGCAUGGAUGCAGGUUCUCCAAAUCUGUCUCCAAAUCCGAUGUCUCCAGCGCACAAUAAUUUGGAUCUCCAGCCCGUCACUUACUGCGAACCAGCCUUCUGGUGCUCCAUAUCGUACUAUGAACUCAACCAGAGAGUCGGGGAGACCUUCCACGCUUCCCAGCCUUCGAUGACGGUGGAUGGCUUCACAGACCCUUCCAAUUCAGAACGCUUCUGCCUGGGCUUGCUCUCUAAUGUAAACCGCAACGCAGCCGUGGAACUCACCCGGCGACACAUUGGGAGAGGUGUGAGGCUAUACUACAUCGGAGGGGAGGUGUUUGCCGAGUGCCUUAGCGACAGUGCCAUCUUCGUCCAGUCUCCCAACUGCAACCAGCGCUAUGGCUGGCACCCGGCCACCGUCUGCAAGAUCCCGCCAGGCUGUAACUUGAAGAUCUUCAACAACCAGGAAUUUGCAGCUCUUCUGGCCCAGUCUGUGAAUCAGGGCUUCGAGGCUGUCUACCAGCUGACCAGAAUGUGCACCAUCCGGAUGAGCUUUGUCAAGGGCUGGGGAGCAGAAUACAGGCGGCAGACAGUCACAAGCACGCCUUGCUGGAUCGAGCUCCACCUGAACGGUCCGUUGCAAUGGCUGGACAAGGUCCUCACACAGAUGGGUUCCCCCAGCAUUCGCUGCUCCAGCGUCUCUUAAGAGAAAACAGACAGGGAGUUGUGUCAUGAAAGCUGAGACUCAGAAACAGAACCUCUCCAAACUCCUGGCUUAGAACAAACUAUGUCAGCCCUUUACCUGAGAAUUUUACUUUUUUUACACUCAUCUGUCUGAAUAACUGAUAACCAUGAAAAGGAGGACGUCAGGGUUGAGGCCUUUCCAAAUUCAGUCCUGCGUAGUAACUGCUCCUUCCUUCCAGUGCCACGAACCUGAUGUAGCACCGUUGGCUGAGCUCCUGGUUCUUGUCAUCACCCAAAUGUUGGAUGCAUUAUAGAAGAUGCUUUGACUUCCUGUUCCAAAGGCCUUACAUCAUGUAUUUGGAGGGACACGGCCUCCCUAUAGUUGUUUUCAAAGCCGGUCUCAAGAUGAACGAGACUAUGGAUAGCCCCUGCCCCAUCUUGCCACUUGGUUAGAGAACGUCCGAUGGGAACAACUCAGGAAGGAUCGAGAACCCCUUUUCAACAUCUCCAUUUUGAGCAUUGGCUCCUGCAUCUCCAUUUCUUCCUGCUGGGCCAGUCUCUGCUAAACCUUGGGACAGGAAAGUUCUUCAGAUUAAAAUCUGGCAGCAACGGAUGAGAUUCGGAAACGGGGGGUAUCUUGCAGCGGUAAAAUUUGCAAGUGAUGCCAUUGCUGUCGUGAUUUCAGAGAUGGGGCCUGCAAGCAUUGCCCUGUUAAAGACUUAAUGCUGCAGCAGGGCAUGCUUUUUCAUGAUGCCUUUAUGCCAGGGAGAUCUUGCUGCUUCCUCUAGAGGAGUUUGGCUACUUUGCUAGUAUGUGAAGUUCUUCUUGCAUUGGCUUCAUCCACUCUUGGAGCAUCCUCAUGGUGUGCCAGUCCUCUUAACCAUUCAAGAUUGCUUUCAGGGGUUAAAGAAUUCAUUAGGAGAGAUGUUCUCCAAAGUGCAAACUUCAGUGGAUUGUCAGUGAAGGACUGAGGGAGAAGGGCUGGAAGGGGAGGCAUUUAAAAGAAAAACGUGUCUAGGGACAAACUGAGACAAGUGCAUGACUCUGCACUGCACUGACCUUUGGUCACACAACUGUCCAGCAAAAACUGAUCUUCCCCUCUCCUAAAGAAAGGCGGACAAUGUUAUUUGGUUAAGAAAUGCAUGUUUGGCCUCUCCAGAAUUCCAAAAUUCCAAUUCCAAGAUCAUUUAAAUCGACCUUUUAGUUCCAUUAGUUCUUGGUGGUUGAGGAAGAGAUAAACACUCUUGCUGUCCUGUUAAAAGAGUUUGCGUUGUGUGUGUGAGAGAGUGUGUGGGUGGGUAUGCAUGCACAUAGCAUCUGGUGUUCUGGUAUUUUUCUUGAUGGAGAAAAAGAAAACCAGAGUGUGCUGACCAUCUGGCCUGAAUCCAGAAAUGAGAGAUGGUCAAUGCCCAGCCAAGAUGCGUGGCUAGAAUUUAGGAAUGUCCAGACAACUAGAGCCUCGCUUCUAGCAAUGUUCAAAAGCACAUAUCCAACCCCCUUCUUUCUUUGCUAGACCAGAUCAGCCAGUCUCCUUGGCAGGGACCUGAAAAUGUUACUAGCCCUUUAGCUCAGACUUUCCCCUCCUUUUUAAAAAGCUUAGUAUAAUAAUAAUAAUAAUAAAGGCUUCAUGCCUCAAACAGUUCCUGGGGAAAACAUUUGAGACACCUUGUGGCCAUUGUAGGAUGACUCAAGAGACGGCUGAAAACGUGUCGCGUGGAUUUUGUGUUUCUGUAGUUGGUAGGACUUGCAAACAUUGCUCAGAUCUUGCAGAGUCUAUCCAUCUGUAAUAUGGUCUGCCUCUUUUCCUACUGUCUUACCAAGCGUUAUUGCCUUUUCUAGGGAGUCUAAUGAAGACAUAUCCGAAGUACAACAGUCUCAAAUUUAGUCAUCUUGGAUUCUAGGGAGAGCUCAGGCUUGACUUGCUCUAGGACAGUGGUUUUCAAGCUUUGGUCUUCCAGAUGCUUUGGAUUUCAGUUCCCAGAAUUUCUGAGCAUUGGCCAUACUGGUUGGGUCUCCUGGGAGUUGAAGUCUAAAACAUCUGGAGGUUCAAAGAUUGAGAACCACUGCUCUAGGACCCAUUUAUUUGUUUUUCUAGCAGUCCUUGGUAUCUGCAGAACUCUUUUCCUGCACAGCACCUCAAAUGAGUUGAUUCUCUUUCUGUUCGUGGCCUAUAUUGAAGUGCUAGAGUAGAUCUCAUCACUUCAGUGAUUACAAACUUCACACCAAACAUGUGGAAAAUUGCAAAAACGCACUGACCCCUUCCAAGAACCCCAGAAGGCUGUAUUACCCCCCAAAUGCCUCCCAUUUUCUUCUACCAUCUUUCUCAAAAUGCCAACAAGCAGUGACACUUUGCACCCUGUGGCCAUUUGGAGAGGGACUGCAGAUGACAAUAGAGGCUUGCUGGGAUCUUGUAGGGCAGCAAAUCCGGUCUGGAUUUUAGCCCAGAUUUUUAAGGCACUGUCCAAGGUACUCCUUUAAAGUUCAGGCCAAGUCCAAGAACAGAUUUACUUCCUCUACUAGGUUAAAAAGCCACCAGUUGUCACAUGGGCUGGACCAUACUGUUUAGAGAACACAAUAACAAUAGAUAGAACAAUAGAGGAAAUACUGGAUUUCAGGGGACUUUGGAGUAGACUUUGCACAGGGUUGAAGCACAGGAUUAACCCUCUGUUUCCAAACUGAGUCCCCAGUCUUCAAAAUACGACUCUUUUUCUGACUCUAAUUGAAACACUUGGCUCUUGCUUGUUUGUAGUCUUGUCCAUCAUUCUCAUGUGCCGCAUUUAAACUCUUAAGACGAGAAGCAUUUGAGCAGUCAACAUGACAUUUACUACAUGCGCUCAAGAUGCACUCUGCUUUUCAACAAUGACAUUGUAUUUGGUUGGCACUUUUACAACACAGUUUAGGGCUGGGCUGCUAGCUCCGAUGAAGCUCUGCCUUGGGCAAAAAUGGUGAAGCACAUGUGUGUGUGUGUGUGUGUGUGUCAGCUCUGUAUGUCUGCGAGAACAACCUGGCUUUUGAAUGUUUCAGCUUGUACAGGACUUUCAUUAUGUAGCACCAAUUAGACUGUAUGCGUUAUCUGUCCUGGAAUCUCUUUUUAGCCGUACUUCCUUGGCUACUGUACAAGACCUAGGCUGUUGCCACCGGUUUAGGAGUCACUUGCUGGCCCUCUGACUCUUUGAGGCAUACAUUGAUCUUAUACGGCUGCUGGCAGGUGUACCAGAUUGCCUCGAGCAACUAUUUUUACCUUUUAUUUCUUGCUAAGUGGCUGGCGAAACAGUUUUUGUGUUGUUUUAGUUAACGUAUUGAACAAAGUUGCAGGACACUUUAUUACGAUGAUAAUCAUUUGCAUUUCACUUGCUGUAGAGAUACAGCCUGCGCUAUCAGUUCGUAGCAGUAACUUGCAGAAGGAAUUGGAAAAUCUGUCAGAGGCCAGUAGGACAUCUAACCAGGGCAGCAGUUAAAAGAUGGAAAAGUGGUCUGGAGUAAGCUGUUUGCAACUCGCUACCAAGGCUCCAGCAAAGACUUAUUUUUUUAUGAAAGAAGUCAGAUUCACAUUUGCAUCUGAAGCCAGUUGCAGACUGGUCUUAAGGCGGCAGGAUGGAGGCUGGGUUUGCAAGGGCAUCAGUGGCACAACGCAAAGACCUUCCACAAACCCAAGCACAAUAGGGAGGAGGCAGGUGGUAUCCUAAGUAAGACUAUUUUCUAGGGUAGAGCAAGAAAUUAAGUAGCCCCCUUUUAUAUCCACUAGCAAAUUUUGAGCUGCGUGGUUAAAAAUGUUUAAUAUAGCCUUAUACAGUAUAUAUUUCCUUAUUUAUGUAACUUCUUUUGUUAGCCAGAGGAGGUAUUUAAAUUUUUGUCUUAAAACGGGGCUUGGGGUUGUUGUUGUUUCUUUGGAAAUUUUGAGGAUUUCAUGACAGGGGGGUGUUUAAAACACACACAAAACUAAUGAAGCUGGAUUUGGGGAGUUGCAAAUGAUACAACCCAAAUGAGAGGAAACUCAGCCCUAAUUCAGCAUGUCCUUAAUCAGUUGCCAAUGGAAAAGGGCUAAAUUUUGGCUGGAUUGUACCCACCGUACCUGAAAUACUGGAGUCUCAAUGUUCCCCCUCACUUUCGUUCUCUCAUCUUUGACGCAUCACAUCUAUUCCUGGUGCUGCUGUGGAACAUCUCUUAUUUUUGAUAGACUUGAACAGAGACCCUUGCUAACCUUGUUGAAAAAGAAGAGCUGGAUCACUGCAAUCCUUGUUGCAUUUUCCUGCCCAGGAGUGACAUACUUUAGAAGUAUCCCGUUUGAUAUGGAUUAAAUGGGUUGGCUCCCUUCCUUGCAACCCAUUCCUCUGCAUUUGGGGGUCACUUGCUUCAAGGGGGCGCAAUGGUCAGGACUGUCCUACGUUGCUUUUACAAACUUUAAAUGGAAAUGUUUCUCCCCAGCUCUGAAAGAAGUGGUUUUCUGCCAAUGUUUUCUUUGUUUCUUCCUUCUUUUAUACCUGAGAAUUGUGCAUUAAUGAACCUUUGCUUGUCUUCUAUGGGUCUUUAGCCUGCUAAGCUUAUUUUUUAUUAAAAGCCUAUAUCAUCCGUUUCUUAUGAAAAGA